AUGCUAUCCCCAGAUACCCUACACGCAACCCCAUUACCCUCGCCAGGUUUGUCGGUGACAGGCAGAUCCAUAUUGUCCAGCAAGUCGUCCGAAACGUUACACCCAACCCCAUUACCCUCGCCAGGAUUGUCGUGGAAAGAAAAAUCGAUACUGUCCAGCAGUUCGUCUGUAACUUUAAACCAGAGUUAUGACGAGAUUGAAGUACUUCGAAAUACGGAAAAUCACAACGGCGAGAAAUCUGAUGGCGCGUCGGUGAAAACUACUCCUUCGAGUUUAACGGCUACGAGUAUACAAGAUGAACCUCAACCUAAUGGAGGAACGAGGGCGUGGUCAACAGGUUCGUGAAAUUCUUUUCCCUUCGCUUAUUCAUGUUGUCGUUUUAUAUUCUCUUCUUCAGGAGAAAGUGGAGCCGAAAAUGGUCACAGACUGAGUGAGACUUGAUUUCUCGGAUGUACACUAUGGGAGGGAAGUGUUGUUUGUGUAUCAUCAGACAAAGAGUUUUUGUUUGCUUUUGCAGCUUCUAUGUAGGGAGGUAUGAAUGCUAAUUGACUUUAACGUAUAGUUUUCUUUGCACAUCUAGUGGUUAUGAACACCUGGUAGGCAAUUUCCAAUUCUACUCUCACUCUUUAUACAGAAGGGAAACUGAUAUCAUAUUAGGGGUUUUGUCAAUUCAUUUGGUGUCUUUCAAACGUAUUAUGUGACAGCAUUAGAUCGUCCUCCUUCAGAUAUCUCAUGGGUGGGGUCAAUCCAAGGUUCGCUUACCCAAGUCUCAAACUUUCCAUAAACUCUGCGGAACAGAAAGCAAGAAAGAACUCGAAUACCAGUUUCUCUUCUUUGCUGCAUACAAUAGUUUAGAUGAGCGAGAGUGCUAACGAAUUGCCCAAAUAGUAUUCCUUCUUUUCUUCGUAGGAACGAUUUCAGGUCGCCUCACAGACGCUGGUUUUUUCCGUCCAGUUUUCUUCGCUGGAAGUGGUAAGUAACAUUUAGCUGUCUCUUCCAACUUUUAACAUAUUACCAUUCCCUAAAAACUGUCCACAAACCAAGGAGACAUAUCCAAGCUAACAAUCCCACCAGUUCUCUCCCUCCUGGGCCUCUUCAUGACCUCCCUCACAACAUCCUACACCCAGCUCUUCCUCGCCCAAGGAGUCUGCAUCGGCAUAGGAAACGGCUUCAUGUUCACGCCCACCAUGUCCAUGCUCUCAACCUACUUCUCUACCAAGCGCUCCCUCGCCAUUGGACUCGCAUCAGCCGGCUCCUCAACAGGAGCUAUCGUCUUCCCCCUCAUGGUGCAACAGUUGUUACCGAAAGUUGGAUUCGCGUGGACGAUUAGAGCACUGGGACUUAUCCAAUUCAUAUGUCUAGGGGCGGCGAAUCUGGGGCUGAGGUCGCGGACGAGACCGAGGAAGAACUGGGUGUUUGUGGAUAGGGCUAGCUUUACAGAUUGGCCGUAUGUUCUUUUUGCUGUGGGCAUGUUUUUCGUGAGUUCUUUCUCCCCUUCCUUCCCCUCCCUUCGCUUGAAAGCCAGACAUGAUUGACUAACCUACCAACAAAAGACUUUCUUGGGCCUCUACGUAGCAUUCUACUACAUCGGUUCCUUCGCCCGCCACAUCAUUCAACUGCCAUACUCCGAAUCCAUCAACCUCAUCGUCGUCCUAAACGCCGUCGGGGUCGUAGGACGCGUCCUCCCCAACUACCUAGCAGACCGCUACUUCGGCCCCUUAAACACACUCAUCCCUCCCAUCAUCGUUUCCACCUUUCUCUUCUACCUCUGGAUAGUAGUGACUGACCGAGCGGCACUGUACGCAUGGGCAGUCCUAUACGGAAUUUCGUCUUCCAUGAUCCAAGGUCUCUUCCCCGCGACAUUAUCAUCCUUCACCUCAGAUCUGCGCAAGGCGGGGGUACGCAUGGGACAAGUAUUCACGAUUGUGAGUUUUGCAUGUCUGACAGGGCCACCGAUUGCCGGGGCUUUGUUGGAAAGGGGUGAGGAAAAGUAUUUAUAUGCUCAGCUAUUUGGUGGGACGGCUUUGGCAAUUGGCUUUGUGUUCACUGUUAUCUCAAAAUACUGGCGGGAUUCCAAACAGGCUUGCAAGGAUGCAGGGGGGAUUGGAAAUGGAAGUGUAUCGAGGCAGGAGGACUAAUGAUGAUGAUGAAAUUUUUGAUAGACAGGUUUUGCAAGAUGGAGGAAUUUCUGGGAUAAAAGUACGGUAAACGAGUAACUACCACCUGAUUAUCU